AUGAAGCCUGCCUGGGGAGAUCAUGUUGGAUGUGCAAGAACUUUGCUGGAAGCUGGAGCACAUGUGAAUGCUACAACUAUUGAUGGAGUGACUCCUUUAUUUAAUGCAUGUUCAAGAGGCAGUGCAAGUUGUGUGGAGCUGCUAUUGGAAUACGGUGCAAAGGCGCAACUGGAGACAUGUCUUCCUUCAGCUGCUCAUGAGGCAGCAAGUAAAGGUCACAGUGAAUGUCUGGAUGUUUUGAUUUCCUGGGGUAUAGAUGUGGACCAAGAUAUUCCUCACCUAGGCACUCCUCUUUACGUGGCAUGUAAAGGACAACACAUAGCUUGUGUGAGGAAACUCCUAUAUGCAGGUGGUAAUGUGCAGCAGGGAAGACACUUGGAUACACCCCUACAUGCUGCUGCUCAGCAGGCCAGUACAGACAUAGUCAGUCUAUUGCUGGACUUUGGUGCUGACAUUAAUGCCAGAAAUCUAGAUUUCAAAAGGCCAGUUGAUGUUGCUGUUCCAAGAAGCCCAGUGGAAAGACAGUUACUUUUAUAUGAAGCUAACCCGUGUUCGCUGUGCCAGCUGUGCAGACUUAGCAUCCGCAACUGCCUUGGACAAGCUAGAUUACAUCUUAUUCCACACCUACAACUGCCUACUAUGCUAAAAGAUUUCUUGCAGUAUCGUGAAAGUAUAAGGAACUUUUAA